GCUCCCCCUUAGUAUUCGAGGCAGGCAUGCGCUAGUUUCCCCCUUGUCCCCGGGCUCCUCUCCCGCCCCUUUCUCCUGCCUCUUCCCCACCCCCUGCUCGCCUCUCUCAGUCCUUCCACCCCCGUUGGCGAUUGCAGAGCGCGGGGCAGCGCAGCGCAGCCCGGGAUCCCCCCGCGCGCACUGUUGGCCGGGGAGCAGCCAAGCGCUAUCCCCGGGCCGGGGCGCGCCCGCCACGUAUAGCAGGGAACCCGGGGGCUCUCAAGCCUGUAUUAUCCGCACGUGAAGGGCUCUGCGCACCGCAGCCCACUCAAGAGCAAGACUUUGCUUUUCUGCCCUUGGUCCCUAGGGGCUGGCCACGGCUUUCCCGUGCCACAGCGCCGAGCCCCCCACCCCACCUACCUGCUGUCCCUACCGCUUCCCUGCGGCUGUCCAGCAACAGCGCUGCAGCGCGCCAGGGGUUAAUAGCGCUGCGGGGAGGAAGCGCAUGUUAGCGCGGAGCAAUAGCUGUCGGUAGCGGUGUACACCGGGGGCAGGGGGAGCAGACCGCACUCCGCAGUCACUCCCCUGCAGGAGCCGGGACCGGUUCUUUCGCCCCAGCGCCCGUCCGAACCAAGAUGCUGGAUCAGAUCGCGCUGCUCGCCGCUGUGACCGUUCUGGGAGUCUUGGAGCAAGGGCGAACUGCUCCGAAUACUUUCCAAUCUUUGUGUCUGUCCUAUGGGUGGCUGGAAUCUUCUUCCAACAAGGUGUGGCUGCAGUCUGUGGGCUACUCUACUUGUACGCUCGGUACCAGUACUUCCAGGGAUAUACACUGUCUGCUCAUGGAAGAUUGGGGCCCAUGUACUUCAGUGCCAAAGUUCUGUGGAUUUUGAUUGGUUUGUCCGUGGCUGGGCUUUUGGUUCACUUCCUGUCUCUGAAUUCUUUUGUGGGGAGAAUGGAAAUUCCAAGCAAACUGCAACUGCUCUUCCGGUGGUAAACAGCCCCUGUGACUGCUGAGUUGCGCGUUUAGCUCAGCAUCUCCUACAGCUCCUCCAGGCUGAUAAGAAUUUAACCUUCACUUUCUCCACACUAAAGCAGUUCAAAAUAGAGCUAAAAAGCACCAGCUUGCUGUGGUUGAAGAGAUCUAAAAUACUCCCAAACUUAUCUUCAGCCACUUGUCCCCUGCAUCAAUUCUCUUCCUUGAAUGAUGGGGAAGAGGGAGAAAGUGGUUCUCUCCCUCUCCCCACCCCAAGUUAUACACAGCAAGUUUCACGUAUCAGGAAACCGUUUUAAUCGCAAGUGGAGAAUAGAGCAACGCUACAUUAAUUUCCCUCAUUCGGCUUUUAAAACGCCUUCUCUUCCCCCACUAAAAGUUGUGCAUAUGUAUGUAGAAAAGCACAGGCUUGCUAGAGAAGCUAAAGACAGAUAUUAUUAGCACACGCUUUUCUUCCUUCCCAUCCCAUGCACUCAGCUGAAACGAAGGAUUUUGCCACUAGAAUCAGCUUCUGUAGGAUGUUGCUUAAGCUAAUAAAGAGUAUGUUGUAAUUCU